GCAUAGCGACGGUGUGCGCAGUGCGUUUGUAUAGCGGCGUACCUCUCAUAUAGAGACACUGCGUUUGUAUGAUAAAAUCAUCGCGGUUGAAUCAACCCUCGCUGCCCAGCCCGAGCAUGUGACCACGCGCCAUGGACGUGAGAGGCAUGGGGGAAAAUCUUCGCCCCACCUUCCACUUCUCUCCAUCACCGCACCGUUUCCUGUCUCCGACAUAUCACUUCACUCCUUCAGCCCUGGUCUCUUGAAGAAUGCGGUAGCACGAUGUCCAAACUCUACCUCCAGACUCACACAGUCUCCGAUGCGCAUCCCACCGAUAUCUUCUCUCUGGCGGUGACGCCCACCCAUCUGCUCUCUGCUUCCGGCUCGUCAAGCAUCAAGGUUCACGAUUCGAACAGCGAAGUCCCGGCACAGACACUGGAGAAGGCGCAUGCGCUAGGUUGCCAUCAUGUCUGUGCCAGCAAGGACGGCAAAGUCGCCGCCAGCGCCGGGUUUGGCGGCGAGGUCAAACUCUGGGUAAGCGACGGCGACGGGGAGGCCGCCUGGGUGGAGAAAGGGAGCAUCCUCGAGCCCGCCAAAGCCGGUGAGCAAUGGGCUCUGGCCCUGAACGAAAAUGGACAGUAUCUCGCUUGCACCACGCACGACGGCCGCAUCAAUGUCUACGACACCGCCACCAUCUCCGACUCCACCGCUUCCAAGAUUGCGCGAUUUGAAACGAAAGGUGUCUUCGCCCUCUGCGUCGACCUCUCCCCCGACAGCCCAUGCACAAUGACGGCCUCGGGCCAUCAAAACGGCACAAUCUUCAUCUUCAGCAACACCACGCAGCGACUUGUCCACGCCCUCACUGGUCUCAUCAAACCCGUCCGAAGCGUCAAAUUCUCCCCCGCCUGCAAGUACCUCGCUGCGGCCGGCGACGCGAGGAUAAUUGCUCUGUACGACACUCAGUCCGGAGAGCAAGUGGCGAACCUCACCGGCCAUGCGAGCUGGGUGAUGAGUCUGGAUUGGAACUGGAGCGGCGAGUAUCUGCUGAGUGGCUGCUACGACGGUAAGGCCAAAGUGUGGAGUCUGGAGCGCAGAGAGUGCGUCGCCACGCAGACCGAGAGCGACAAGUGUCUAUGGGCCGUGAAGUGGUUGCCGCUCGUGAAGGGGGCGAGGAGUGAGAUGUUUGUGACUGCGGGUGCGGGCAAGACGUUGAGCUUCUACCGCGAGGCUACUGGAAGCUAGACCCGUGAGGGCAAGAACAUCGCCGGCGCGCAGCGUAGCCCAUUGCGCGGCAAUGAUAUAGAUGACAUGAUGCGGAAUGACUG